AUGGCGGCAAAAGCCUUUGGCCCCAACGAGGCAUCCGCCCGGACAGCGCAGCCCUUCAACGCAUGGGACAUUAUCCGCCCGUCGCUCCAUGCAUCCGGGGGACCAUGGGGAUGGACUCAUUACGGCAUCUACAUCCCGCGUCUCCCACAGCCCUACCAAUACCUCAAUGUCCUCAUCCUGGUAGGACUCGUCGACCUCACCAUCUUCAACCACGCUGAAUUCGCACCCGGCGGGCCCAAGGCAGUCGUCCACGAUGCAGAACAUCUCACCACCGUCAUGACAAGCACCGCUUCCAAGGGCCACCAUUUUGUGCGCGGGUACGACUCCUCCACGGACUGCGAGUUUCCCGACUCUGGGACCCCGUUGCGCUGGGGGAAAGACUUCAGCAUGGAGUUUUCGUUUCCUCACAAGGCCGUAGUCACGGGCGCCUUCGAGACCCACGGAUGGGAGUACAGGCUCGAGUUCGACAUGAGCCCGCAGGCGGUGUGGUUCAUAGCCACCCCGUUCUACGAGCACUUGAGUCUCCCCAUCUCCGGGACGGCCAUCCUGUCCGGAGAGCCGAUUCCUAUUUCAGGCUGUAUCGAAUACGCGCGGUGCAAGCCGCCCCCGGGCCUGCCGCUCGAGAUACACGCCGCAGUGGCCAGGUCCACAAACUACUUCAUCUACCACGUUGUCGAGCUACGAGACAGCCGGCAGAUUCUGUGGGGGGAGGUACGGAACGGGUUCAUGCCGCCGCGCAAGUUUGUCCACGUGCGGACGGUUCCGGACGGCAGAGUCCUUGACGAGUACACGACGGAGCUCCGUGUUGAGCUCCUGGACGACGAGCUUGUCACGGACUCGUCGGGGAGGCAGACGAGGAUGCCGACGAAGUUCACGGCGAGCGUGGUGGUAGGAUCGGGGAGGAAAGUGCUCGAGGUUGCUGGCAGGGUGAAUACGCCGUUGAGGGACGGCGCGGGCAGGGGCUUUGUCGGCGGGUACGAUGCCGUCGUCACGUACAAGGGGGAGGAAACGAGGGCACGCGGCAUGUUUGAAUGGGUGGAUUUGGAACUGCAGGAGCAAAAGGCGAAUCUGUAA